AUGGCGUUGAUGCGAGCUCAUAAUAGACAAGGGGCUCUACAUAGCGAUGGAUUACGAGCUGGGCUCAGAGUGGGUAGUGCUGUAGAAAAUGGAGGCCUGAUGGAGUACUUCUUUGGCAAAGAUGGCAAGAAGUGCCUUCAACAUGAAAAGUUUGUCCUAUUCUUGAGAAAUCUACAUGAUGAAAUUUUAAGAUUGGAGUUUGCACAUUACGACUACAAAUUACAAGGAACCAUAUCUGCAAAGGAUUUUGGCUUGUCCAUGGUUGCUUCUGCUGAUAUAAAACAUUUAUACAAGUUGCUUGAUCGUGUUGAUGAUUUAGACAAUGAGGCAAAUCUGAAUAAUAUACGCAUUACAUUUGAGGAAUUCAAGAACUUUGCAGAGCUGAGGAAAAAGUUGCAGCCAUUUUCUCUGGCCCUCUUCAGUUUUUGUGAAGUAAAUGGAUUGUUGACAAGGAAGGAUUUUCAGCGAGCUGCUUCCCAAGUAUGUGGUGUCUCUCUCACUGACAAUGUGAUUGGAAUCAUCUUCCACCUUUUUGACGCAAAUGGUGAUGGAAGUUUAAGCGCAAAUGAGUUUGUAAGAGUGUUGCAGAAACGAGAAAGAGACAUUGCUCAACCUACGGAGGCAGGCAUCUUAAGUUUCUUAUCUUGCUUUUGGAACUGUUCAAAUAACACAUCCAUUAGACUGUUGCUCUCCUAA